CUACUCUCUCUGCAACUGUAGUCGACAAGACCAACUCAUUUGCUAAUUUUCUACUUGCACUACUCCCGUUCUAGUUCAAUAUUUCUUACUAAUUAACGAACCCUUUUCAUAUAUCUUGUUUAGUAAGAUAAAAAUGGCUAUGUCUGGAUUUGAAGGGUUUGAGAAGAGACUAGAGCUUCAUUUCUCUGGCGAUGAUCCGGUGAACGGAAUCAGUCUCCGGCAGCUGGAUUUUGAGUCAAUAGAGGAGGUGUUGCAUGCAGUGCAAUGCACAGUGGUAUCAGCUGUGGGGAACCAGUAUUUUGAUGCCUACGUAUUAUCAGAAUCGAGUCUCUUCGUUUACCCUACAAAGAUCAUCAUCAAGACUUGUGGGACUACUCAGCUGUUAAAAUCCAUCUGUCCAUUGCUGCACUUGGCUUGCGAUAUUGGCCUCACCUUGAGUGUGUGUAGGUACACCAGAGGUAGCUUCAUUUUCCCCAAAGCUCAGCCUUACCCUCAUUCAAGCUUCAAGGAAGAAGUUAUCUACUUGGAAGAGAGUUUGCCUAGCCAUCUCUGUUACAGGAAGGCCUCAGUUAUGCCUUCAAAGAUGUCUUCUCAUUCAUGGCAUGUUUUUUCUGCAUGUGAUGAGUCUCACAUGUUGAUGCAAAACUUUGAGAGCGACCAUCAAGAUUUUUUCACUAUUGAAGUUUGCAUGACGGAGCUGGAUCGUGUUCUCGCUCGUAAGUUUUACCGGCAUCCAAACGACGGAAAAAACGGCGACACAGCCGGAAAGGAGAUGACGGAGAUAACAGGGAUUGUUGAUAUUAAUCCUAAUGCACUUAUUUGCGACUUUGCAUUUGAUCCGUGUGGCUAUUCCAUGAAUGGAAUUGAUAAUGACCGUUACUCUACCAUCCACGUAACCCCGGAGGAUGGUUUCAGUUAUGCAAGUUUUGAGUUUGUUGGUUCCAUUUAUGAUGAUCAUAAUGCUAUUGUGGAGGUGUUAAAGAAGGUGGUGCAAGUUUUCCGGCCGGGAACAAUGUCGGUGGCGACGACCAGCACUGGUCAUGAAGCAUGGACAAAGGUUGCCAGUGCAGUCGAGCCAGUGGGGAUGAAAUGCAGGAGUUGCACGGUGGACGAGUUCCCAGCAGCAGGCACCGUCGUGUUUCAAACUUUCACACCUCGUCGGAAAUAGCUUGUAAGUGGUGGCGAUAAAGGGUGGUGGUAGGAGGGUGGUCCAACAACUAGUAGAUAUGUGGAGAGGUUCAAAAGAGUAAAGGGAGGGAAAGUAGGGGGGGGGGGGCUUUUCUUAGAGUUAGUAACAAUUUUUUCUUUCAUUUGUUUUUCUUUUUUUGUUUUAAAUUAGGGGAGUGGGUGAUUCAUGGUAAUGUCAUUGGAUUGGAUGGUAAAUUAUGAUAAUCAAUGUGGGGUUGACUUAUGUAGAAAGAUUGUAGUGGGGGAAAAAAUUUGGAGAUGAGGCCAUGUCCAUGAGAGAGAGAGAGAGAGAGAGAGGAGAGGCUGAUGCGGAAGGAGAAGGGAUGGUGUGGGUUCAUCAUGAUAUUGCACCCCACUAUAUGUUUGUCACGCCUAGAAAUUUUGAGGUUGCAAUUUUUUUUGUAGUGGGGAUGAUGAAAAGCGCUCAUGUUUUUGAGCUUCUUAUGUGAAAGAAAGAACUUUGCUACCAUCUCUUUCUUCUUCGAGUUCUGAUUUUUGCCUUUUGUACGUUGGAUCUCUGCUUUCUUGUCUUUUUCAGUCAAUAGUAGUAGUGUCUCUCUAAUUCUUUGCUAAACUCGAGUGGGUUUUUUUUUUUUUUUU